AUGAAUGAGGAUUUGUUCAAAGCUAUUGAAAAACGUCUGUCUAACAAAAAACCUGAGCUAUUUUUCCACAGCUUAUCACUACUUUUAAUCUUUUAUGAUGACCAAAAUUUAGUUGAUUUAGCACCAUUCGAUUUUAUUUCAUUGUUAUUUGAAAAUUUAUCAUUGGAAAGUUCUGAUUGGGAUUACUAUAUCAUAUCUGAUUUACUAAAAGAUAUUUUUAAAUAUAUUCCUGAAAAGUAUUUAAGGUUUAUUCAAUUAGCUUUAACUUCCUUACUGAAUAGUUGGUUUAAAAAAUUUUUUUAUCAUGAUGUGAAAGCUCAUGUUUGGUGUUAUGCAUUGUUAGUUCUACAUGUCAUCUCUGAUGAGUGGAAUAAAGUCAAAAAUGACCCAGUGUGUUUAGAUGCCUACAACUGUGGUCUACCAAAUUUUAUGAAUAAUCGUGAUCACCAAGCCUUUAAAUUAACCUUGAACAAUUUUCAAAAAAUCAAGGGAAGUUUACAGAAAGAUGAUUUACUUCAGAGAAGUAUUGUUUAUCUUAUGGAGUUCAAACAUUUUGUUGAUGCAUUAAAAAUUGGGGUUUUUAAUGAAUGUCUUCUGACUAAUGCAAUGACUUAUCAUUUGAAAUCAAUUAAAUGUUUAAAUUAUAUGAUUAACCAUUGUAAAAAUUUUUUACAUGAAUUGCUAAAUUUGAAUUUUGUUGAAAGAAAUUGCAACAGAGCACAUUUGGUUGAGGCACUCAUUAAUAUGUUACUUGUGAUUUUAAACAUGAUAGAUAUUAAUGAUGACAGUUGCAGCCUGUUUUUUAUAAUGUUUUAUUGUAUUAAUACGUUUUACAAAAUGAUUGAUCUCUCAAAUAAAGAUUUGACCCAACUUAAUGAAAGCAUUAAAAACCAUAUACCACAUGUUAUAAAAAGGCUUCAAAUUAUGUUUGGUGAAUACCACACCUCAUGGAGUACAGUCCCCAAUUUGAAAUCACAGCUGAAGGUAAUUGAAAUGCUUGCGGAUUUAGAAAUUACAAAUGGAGACGAAUUCAAAGUACUUGCAUGUGAUAUUUUGAAAAAUAAAAUUAAAAGUGCAGAAAAUAGUAUUUUAUUAGAAGCUUAUUGUCAAUUGGAUAUUUUAUCAUACAAAAAGUUAAUCCAAGAACCUUUUACAGAAUCAUUUUAUUUUGUCAUCGAAAAAAUGUCACAGAAAAAAUAUGACUGGUUUUAUAGAUUAUCUCCAAGUUACAAUCCAAUUUUGAUAAAAUUUAUUAGCAAGAAAUGGAAAUGUUUCAGUUCUAUGUAUGAGAAAAUAAAUUUUUGUCUCACAUGGCCACCUUUUAAAGUAUUAUUGGAUCAUCUAGGAAGAAAACCUAUAGAGGAAACUAAACUUUUUAUUGAUGAAGUCAAAUCAGUGUUUUAUUAUGUUUUUGAAGCUAUUAAUAGUGGCGAAAUUACAAUACAAUCUUUAAUUGAUCUAAUAAACAAUCAAGAACUUUUAUUUGGUGUUUUGUUAGUCUUAAAUGUGGAUUUUCUUAAUGAUUUUAAAGCAAGAUUUAAUUUACGAAAGAAGCAAAUAAAUUCUUUAAAUUUUGUUAAGAAGGUAGUUGACUACAUUGUUGAACUUAAUAAAGUAUUACUUUCAAGCACUGUUAUAACAGAAGUAUUAAAGGAGUAUUUCUUAAAUUAUUCAACUCUAAGUUUUAAAGAAAUAUUUGUGGAUAGUUCUUCGGAUGAAAUUUCUGAGACAAUUGAUUUUUCAAUUAAUGAUGAGUCUGGAUGUCAUAUUUUAUCAAAUGAAGAGCUAGGGUUUAUUACUAAAUUGUGCAUGUACUUCAAAAUUUCAUUGAGCUGGUUUAAAGAUGCUUCUCACAUGAGAGAUUGUAAAAUAAUAAAUAGUUUUUUGUUUAAAAAAGAAGUUCAGUUAACAACAAAUUACUUUCAAGAAAAAAUCCAUUAUUCGGAAUUAUUUGAAAAGAUUAUUUUACCAACAGUUGAAAAUUUGAAAACUUUGUUUGAAAGCAUAGUUUCUUGUAAAAUAUGUUUAUCUGAUUUAAUUUCAACAUUUUCUGGAUACAAUAAACCUGUCUUCAAAACAGAAUUUACUUUGUUAAGAAACUUCCUUAAGUUAAACAUUGAUAUAGCAGAUAUAGAAAAUUGUGUUCAAAAAAUUAAUAGUGUGUUUUUAAUGAAGAAAUACUCAAGAGUUGCAAGUGCAAUACAAGACGUGAGAAAAGGUCUAAAGUUGUGUGGGGAUUUUACCUCUAUUGAAAACAUGAUGAAACCCAUAGAAGAAAUUGAAAGCUUGCAAUAUAUUGACAGUAAUAUAAAAAAUUUGGCUUGUGUCUUUGAAACUUUUUCAUCCAACAUUUUAGAAAUAUUUGGUGUUAUUUCAUCAUGUUUAAAACUUUUUUUAUGGUUAAAAGAAAAUCUAAAAGAUCCAAAGGAAGUCAAAGUUUUUGUUGAAAUCAUGUCAAUAGCUGCAGGUGAAACUGAUUAUGAUGUUGAUCGAGUAAAAUGUUUUGAAGCUUGCUGUCUUGCUUUUAGCCACAUUAUAUUUGACCUUAACAAAAAUUCUAGUUUUAAAGACCUGUUGCAGGCCUGCAAACUAACUGAAAAAAAGAUGUCAAGUGAUUCUGAUAUUAUUACAAAACUGAUUGAUACAAACCGCAAUCUGGAGUGGUUAAAAACUGCAAAAGAAUCACAAGGAUCAGUUGCUACAAAGUCUAUAAUGGAAGCUCAAGUAGCCAAUCGUAGAGGAUAUUUCAUUAUUGGAAAUCAAAAAAAUGAUAAUAGUGACUUUUUAGAAUUCGAUUUAGCAGAUGUUAUAAAAUUUAUAAUAAAAACUGAUGAUCUGAAAAAACCUGACAAAGAGUACACUUUAGAAGAAAUAAAUGACUUACAAAGUCGAUUGAUGUUGCUUGGAGCAAAUAUUGGUGACAAAUCAAUUCAAGACAUGAAGAAAGAAAGAAAUUAUUUUGUUGGGGUUGUUGAAAUAGUUACAAGAUUGGGAUUAGCCUAUAUGUCUCUUUGUGAAGCUGGUGAUAUUAACUUUUUAAAAUGGAGAAUGACAUUUAAUUGUGACGUUGAGUUGGAGCCAGAAAAUUCUAUGAAGGAUUUAGAAUCAGAAUCUGAAAAAUUAGAGAAUCGAUUUACUGACUGGAAAGAAAAGUUAACAAGUUUUCGUCAAUCAAAUGCUAUCAUAAACUAUUUUUCAGUUAAACAAUGUCUCUUUAUGCAAAAACAAUUAUUUAUGCUGAAUGAGAAUCUUCAAAAUGUUGAUAAGUUAUCUACUCAGUUUUACACACUUCUUUAUUUUUUUGAUCAUAAUGUGUGUUUAAAUAAAAUUAAACACACUUUUAAUUUGUCUCGCACCUUAUCUAUUAAAGAUGAAUCUGAACAAUGGAAAAAAGGCCAUAUUCAAUCAAAUUUUGAUAAAUACACACCUGACAAAAUUCUAAAGUUUGUCAAUAAACUUCAGAAAAAUUACGAUAUAAAUGAAAAUGUUGCAUGGGCAUCUAUUAUAAAGAUUUUUCCAUACCUUGAAGGAAAAGCUGUACCUUGGUGUGAAAAACAGGAUUCAGAAUCUGAAGAAAUUGAUAAGUUAGAGCAGGAAGCAAAACUUCAGUUUCAGCGUUUAAAGUCAUCUAAUAGUUUAAAUGAAAAAGAUAAAGAUGAAAAAAAACCAUAUUUGACAAUUGAUGAACUUGGCAGAUUUUUAAAUCAUUAUAAAGACACAACAAGUUUUAAGGUUACAAGAAGGAUUAUUCCUCCAUUUAUAAAUAAAGAUAAACCAAGCUUAAUAGUAUUACCUCAUGAUGAUAUUAUGUAUGCAGUUCUUGAGAUUUACCUUUAUCAAAAUGAGUUCUUGCCCACCUCAGAGGAAGUUCUUCUUUGUGAUGAUUCUGUUUCAAUUGAAGAGAUAGAACUGUUAAUAAUGCGAGCUGUAGACAACAAGUAUGGCUUAUAUUGUUUGGUGAUAAAUGAAAACCUGAAAUAUGAAACAUGUGAAGAAGUGUAUUCUUUCUUGCAAAAGACAAUUAAAUUAGGUGAGAUGAGUCCACUUGUAGUAUUUUGUAGCAGUGAAAACAACCACAAUUCAUACCUUGUAACGGCUCUUGACCAUUUUAAUAUAAAAAUGUCAAGUUUUCUUAGUAGAGAUCAAAUCUGUAAGAAACUUACACAAUGUCUUCGAAACAAACUUUCUGAUGAAAAGGCUGGAAUCAAUUUUAAAGAAUUAGUGUACAAAUCACUUGUUGUGAAAUCAAGGAAAAGUGGAAUGGGAAAAUCUUUUUUUGUAGAAAAAUGUGGUUCACGACUUUCUUCUCAUUUGGAUGUUAAUUACCAAACAAAUAUGAACAAUAGCCAAAACAAGAACUGCAUUGUUGUAGUACCUGUGCAUGGUACAGUGAUUAAUACUAAUGUGAUAGUUGAACGAUUACUUCAAUUUGAGGAAAAGCCUAGUGCUUUUUUCCCUAGAAUAUAUCAUUUUGAUAUUUCACCAAUGGUUAGGGAAGGACUGGAUUCGUUUUUGUUUAACUUAGUUGUUCUGGGAUCAUUAAAAACCAGUACAGGAAAACUGUGGAGAAUGAAUAACAAUGAUACAUGCAUCAUUGAAUUAACCAUAAAUAAUUAUGAUGACCACUCUAAUAAUGUUUCCAUUAGAAAUCAGUUCUUCAGUGUAGUUGUUAACAUGUUACCAUCAAUUACAUGCAUUUCACCAAAUGAAGUUUUAUGUGUUCUUGAAGGUCAAGAGAUUCUUACAAUGAUUUGGUAUGACAGCGAAGAGUAUAAAAAAUCCACAAUACAGCGUGUUUGUCAGUACCUAAACUUGUAUGAUACAAAUACAUCACUUUUGAAUGCAUUCACAUACAAUCCAACUUAUCCUGCUAUAAAUCAUGAAAACACCUUGAAGAUAUUACUAAAAUAUUGUGGCAUACAAGACCCUUGUUGGAGUGAAGUGAGAAAUUUUAUUCACUUUUUUAAUACACAACUUAUUGACUGUGAGCAAUGUGCAUUUACAAGCAUUCAUGUUGCUGAUGAUUUAAGAGGAUUUAAAACUUUUGUUGUUAAUUUCCUGUUAGAAAUGGCACAGGACUUUUCAACUCGCUCAAUAUCAUUGGAUGGUUGUUAUAGCUCUAAUGAGUUAAUGAUUCAGCUUAAAAGAAAAUGGGAACACAGUUCUCAUCCUUACUUAUUUUUCAACCAAGACCAUGCCACAAUGACAUUCUUUGGAUUUAACAUUGAUUCAAAUGGUAACUUACUUGAUCCAGAUCGUAAAACCAUAAUAAAACAGGGUGUAAUGACAAAAAAUCUUUAUGAUGAUCUAAAGCGCCAGAUGCGUGGUACUGAAUGGAGAUGUUUGAACACAAAUUACAAACUUUUAUCACGAGAAUCAAAGUUAAAUAUACUCUGUCAGGUGAUUGGUGUAGACAGUUUUGAUCCAGACCCUUCAUAUGAGUUGACUGUUGACAACAUGAAGAAAAUUCUUGCCAUUCAUAUGAGAUUACGCUGUGUUAUUCCAGUUAUAAUGAUGGGAGAAACAGGGUGUGGUAAAACAAAAUUGAUUAAGUUUAUGUGUGCUCUUCGAGCAGGAAACAAAAGAAUUCGAAACAUGUUACUUGUUAAGGUUCAUGGAGGUGUGACUCAUCAAGACAUACUUGAAAGAAUUGAAAAAGCAAAACAAUUAGCAAGAGAAAACUAUAAAAAUCACAAGUUAAAUACAAUUUUAUUUUUUGAUGAAGCAAAUACAUCUGAUGCAAUUGGACUAAUCAAAGAAAUAAUGGUAGAUAAAAGAGCAGAUGGUAAACCGUUAGGAUUAGCUGAAUGUGGACUUGAAAUAAUUGCUGCUUGUAAUCCUUAUAGGAAACAUUCGAAAAAUAUGAUAAAAAGAUUGGAAUCUGCUGGUUUGGGAUAUCAUAUAGAUUCUAAGUCUACUUAUGAAAGAAUCGGUGAUAUUCCCUUGAGACAAUUGGUUUAUCGUGUACAUCCUUUACCAAACAGCCUAAUUCCACUUGUUUGGGAUUUUGGUCAAUUGGAUUCUAAAACAGAGGAAGCUUAUGCAAGACAAAUAGUUUUAAGAUAUGUAAAAGAAGGAAAGCUGCCCAAUGAUAAUCUGUUUUUUGAGUUAAUUGUUUGUUUGCUUAAAGAAUCCCAAGCUUAUAUGAGAACACAAAAGGAUGAGUGCAGUUUUGUAAGUUUAAGAGAUGUGGAAAGGGCAUUAUUAGUAACAAGUUGGUUUUAUGAUAGAAUGGAUUUAUUUACAAAUGCUGACGACAAGAUCACUAUUUUUGACAAAAUGCAAUUGGCAAUAAUCUACUCAUUAAAUGUAUGUUAUAUUGCAAAAUUAGAAGAUCGUGAUUCUUAUCGUAAAUAUAUUUCUAAGUUCUUUACCGGUCAUUUUGAAUUGAGAAAUGGUGCCCAGGAUAUUAAAGACAAAGUUGUUCAACUUCAAAAAAAGUUUUUGAGUGAAAUAAAACUUGAAGAUAACAUUGCUCAUAAUGAAGCUUUAUGUGAAAACGUUUUCAUGAUGGUUAUUUGUAUUGAAUUGCGUAUACCUUUAUUUGUUGUUGGAAAACCUGGAAGUUCAAAGUCUUUAGCAAAAUCCAUCAUUCAAGAUUGCAUGCAAGGAACCAUGUCAAAGUCUCGUCUGUUUAUAAAUUUUAAGCAGAUUUUUAUGUCUUCAUACCAAUGCAGUCCUCUUUCAACAGCAGAAGGAAUAAUAAAUACAUUCAAACAGUGUAGCCGGUAUCAGGAAAAAAAAGAUCUCAAAACUUUUACUUCUGUUGUUGUACUAGAUGAAGUUGGUCUUGCAGAAGAUUCUCCACGUAUGCCUCUUAAAGCAUUGCACCCAUUAUUAGAAGAUGGUACUGAUGGUUCUGAAGAACUGACACUUGAUGGUUCUACUCUUAAAAGCAAAAGAGUGGCAUUUAUUGGCAUUUCAAACUGGUCUCUUGACCCUGCAAAAAUGAAUAGAGGAAUUAUGUUAUAUAGAGGACAGCCUGAUUUUGAUGAGCUAGUUGAAACUGCAAGAAACAUAUGUUCAAAUGAUCAAUAUGUUUUUGGAAGGAUUGAACCUUUAUUCAAACCUUUAACAAUGGGAUACUUGAAUGUUUAUAAAAAUCAAAAUGAUUGUGGUAUAAUAAAAAAAUACAAAAAAGAAGAAUUUUUUGGCUUGAGAGAUUUUUACAGUUUGUUAAAGUUAAUAUUCUGCUUUGCUCGAAAACGCCAAAAUAUUCCUACGCUUUCAGAUAUUGAAAUAGCAGUCAAAAGAAACUUCAGUGGACUUCAAGAACUUGACACAUGGAGUAUCUUUAAAUCGUGCCUUCCACAAGAUUUUACUGUGUCAAACAAUACAGAGGCAGACAUAUCUGCAUUGCAUUUAAUUGCUGGUAGUUUUGCUGAUAAAUGUCUGUGUUAUGAAUAUCGCUUAAAUUCUGAAAGUACAGAUAAAGCACAUUGUUUAAGUUCUCGCUAUCUUCUUUUGAUGACAGAUAAUUAUGCUGCUUUACCAAUAAUUGAGCAGCAUUACUUAAAAUAUAAUCAAAAAAGUACUGUCAUUUUUGGAAGUAGUUUUCCUAAGGACCAACAGUUUACUCAGGUAUAAGUUUUAUUUUAUACUUUU